CGACCCAAACAAGUUACGGGUUGGCGGGAACUUUACCGCGUCCCAUUUUAGGGUUCCAAAAAUAUAAAUUAAUCACUCUGCCUCACAUAAUCCUCCACAAAAUCAAAAACAUCUAUUUAUCAAAUUAAGCCUUUCUGUUCAAUCGAUUUAACUCGCAACAAACAGUAUAUGGAUACAUCAAACCCAGCUGUCCUUGUGAAUGGUGACUUUCUUUCCAGCCAUGCUGGGCGAAGAGUUAGGACCGUGAUUCAGGUAGUAAAGCAUGAAGCUGGUGGCGUGAUUGGGCGAACAACGGAUGAGAAACAACUCAUUGUCAAGGGUCAACUACCAUCUCCUCUUAGUACUUUUGUUGAAGUAAUUGGAGUUGUUGACAGUGAUGGAGCCCUUCGCGCUGAGAUAGUCACCAACUUUGGUGAUACAUUUGAUGCAAAUAACUUCAACCAGCUAUGCCGACAUGCUAACGGGGACUAUAGGCACUUGUUCAUCUAAGGCUGCAGCUUGUUAUAAAUGAUGACGAGAAUUGAAUGGUGCUUUGGUUGAUCUAAAUGAAGUUUACCUUUUGGAUCCAGUUUUUUUGUGUUUUUAUUUGCCGGCAUUUAGCAUCAGUGAUCUGGUUUAAGGCAUAGUACAACCUUAUUAAGCUAUUAGUAUUGUGUUAAUAUACAAAUCUUUGUUUCA